ACUAUAAUAGUGAGACUGAUAAUAAUGAUACUGGUUGAUAAUAUGAUAAGUCUUUUCACAUAAAAGGCUUCUAAUUCUUGGAUGUACAGAAGUCGGUGAAGUGUGUUUGCAAUGUCUUACCUGUUAAAGCUUAUAUUUUCGGUCGCAAUCUCUUUGGCUUUAUGCCAGGGAAGUGUGAUACAAGAUGGGCACAGGCAAUUAACAAGAACGCAACUUCGUCUCAAGAACAGCAACGCAUACAUUGGCUACAAUCGUAAUAAUUUCUCUUCUGGAAAACGUAUUGAACCAACGGAGGCAGGCGUGAAAGCUGCGGUUGACAGUGGCUUGAUCAAGCCUGAUGUUGAAACCAUAGUUAUCAUUCAUGGACAGUAUGCCAACGAUACCGAUACAGAUAUUGUGGCUAUCAAGAACGCUUAUCUUAGGAGCGCAGAGUAUAACGUGAUCAUAGUGGACUGGAGGUUGGCAGCAAACAUGGGGGACGCAGCAGCUUUCAGUUUCGUACCAAUCAUCGCUGAAGGAGUUACUGAGUUCCUUGAAUUACUGACCACUGGGGAGACCCCAGCUGUAGCUACCGCAAAACUGCACCUCGUUGGAUUCGGCCUGGGGGCGCAUCUUGCGGGAUUUGCUUCCAGAAACUUGCCGGAAGCGGUGCAAAGGAUCACAGGAUUGGACCCCGCUGGCCCACGCUGGGAUGCUAGAUCCGGCAGAUUGACCACUACCGACGCUCAAUACGUAGAAGUGAUCCACACCGAUGGCUUUGGCAACAAAGCCUUUGGUAUUGAAGAGCCUAUUGGUCACGUUGACUUCUACCCGAACGGAGGCAGACAUACCCAAAUCGGCUGCCCUGGUCAUGAACAGCUAUGUAGCCACAGGAGAGCACUCCAAUUGUUCGAGGCUAGCGUUGACGCUGGGAGAGCGAAUGGCUUGAUCGGCAACAGUUGUAUAGAUAUGAGACAAAUGACUAACAAUCAAUGCAAAGGACGCACUCUGGAGAUGGGUGGUUUGGACAUCAUUAAGUUUGGGAGUGGCAUUUACCGCAUGAACACCAAAAGAGAUUACCCCUUUUUUUAAACAAAUAACAACCUAUGCAUGACUUAUGAUGAAACAACGACGACAUCAAAAUAUUUUAUCAAAUUUCUGGUAUUUCAAAAUUAAUUUAUUUUGUAUUAUUAAUUAUUAUUAUUACAGUUUUGGAUGAAUUAAUAAAAGAUUAGUAACAUAAAUAA